UAUUAUUCUGUAAAACAAGAUAUGGAUAGAAAAAGAAGAAAUUUUUGAGGUUAGUAGUUCAUUAAAUUUUAAUUAAUAAAUAUGACUCUGAGAAUUACUAGUUUAUUAGGGUUGCGAAUAUUAAAGGACGUACAUUAUGGUUUCUUAGCAGCAAGUCCUGUUAAUGCAAAUUUAGAAAUAGUUAGAUAUAGGAUAACAAAACAUUGGAACCCAAAGUGGAAACUACUUCGCCGAGUUAAAGUAAUGCCUAUAGAUUUACCGAAAUUUCACGAAAAAGUGGAAGAUUUAUCAGAAGACGAAAUUGCAAAAAGAUUAAAAAAACAGGGAAUAUUACCGACUAGAUCUUGGGUGGAAAGACAAUUUUUUAUACAUUCAACGGGUGCUGUAUUUGAACCGUACGUUCCGCCCGAAGGAGAUGGAAAAGUGUCUCCAGUAUCUAAACAAGGUGCGAUGCAAAGCUUACGUUUUUUAGAAAAAAAAUCAAAAACGAUGAUGGCGAUUAGAAAAGUUCGCCAAUUCGAAGAAGAAUUCGAUACUCCGCAGUUUUGUAAACAAGCUUCACAAAUUUAUAUAAAAAUGCAUGAAAUGUUAGCUGCGCAAGAUAAAGAAAACAUAAUCGAUGUUAUAACUGAAAGAGCGUAUCCCGAAGUUAUGCACAACGUUCAAAAUAAAACGAUCCGAUGGAAAUUUAUUAAAGAUAUAGAACUACCGAGAGUGGUACAAGCUAGAUGUACCGAAGUUAUCACGAAGGAAAAUAUAUUUGCACAAAUCACCGUUAGGUUCCAUACGCAACAGACGUUGGCGAUUUACGAUAGAUUCGGAAGAUUAAUGCACGGCAGUGAAAUAAUCGCUAAAGACGUACUUGAAUAUGUAGUUUUUGAAAAGCAUCUAUCGAAUCAAUAUGGUGUAUGGAGAAUACACGCGAAAAUAAUUCCAGAUUGGUUACCGCCCAAAGAACCGUCACUUUUGACAUACAAGAAGCAUAAAGAACCAGAAGAAAAGAAAAAUGAAACUAAAGAAAAAACGGUUUCAGAAGUUAAAACUAUCGAACAAAGUAAAGAGGAAAAACUCGCUUUAGCUUAAAUUUUCGUUAUUUCAUGCUUUUAUUUGUAAUAAAAGAGUAUUAAGUAUUUA